GCUCCCUUUUCUUCUUCCAAACUCUUCUUCACCCUUUUCGUAAUUCUUCUUCAAGCUUUAUUCAUUUCUCACACACUUUUCUGUAUUGAAAACUCUAAUGGCGGAGGAUUUUUCCAGAGCCGUUGAUGAUGGGAUCAAGCUCUCCAAGCGAAUAUACUUCGGCAAGGACAGGGCCGUGGCACCGCCCAAUCCGGUGGUGCCGAUGGCCAAGUCAGCCAGGGCGCUCCUUCCUUCGGGGCCCAUGGUUUACGCCGUCAUUCAAGACCCGGGGAUCGUUGACAACCCGGACAUUCCGAGCUACCAGCCGCACGUUCACGGACGCUGCGACCCGCCGGCGCUCAUUCCGCUUCAGAUGAACGCCAUCGCCGCGGAGGUCGAUUGCCACCUCGACACCGCGUUCAUCACGGUGACCGGCGUAUGGCGUGUCCAUUGCAUCAUGGGAAGCCGAAGCUGUGAUUGCCGUCUCGCUGUUCCCAUGGGUUCCCGGGGUUCAAUUCUAGGUGUUGAGAUUGAGGUUCCAAGGAAAUCAUAUUCAACUCAGCUGGUUGUGAUGGAUGAUGACACCAAGAAAAAUGAGAGUGGCACUUCCCUUCAAAAUGGAGGCUUUGUCAACUCUAAUAUAUUUACUUUGACUAUACCAAAGAUUGAUGGGGGUACCAAUUUAUCUAUUAAAAUUAGUUGGUCUCAGAAAUUGGUCUACACCGAGGGUGAGUACUGUUUGGAUUUGCCGUAUACCUUUCCUGAUUUUGUCAACCCUGCUGGGAAGAGAUUAUCCAAGAAAGAGAAGAUACAAGUCAAUGUAAAUGCUCUUCCAGGAAGUGAGAUUCUUUGCAGGACAAUGAGCCAUCAACUAAAGGCAAUGAAGCGGCAUGCUGGGAGUAUGGGUUUCUUAUAUGAUGCCGAAGUUCUCUCGUGGUCGAAAACUGAUUUUAGAUUUUCAUAUGCUGUUCCGACGAAUUAUAUAAAUGGAGCCAUCCUUUUGGAAGGUGCAUCUAUGCAUGAUUUUGAUCAGAGACAGAUGUUCUACAUAUACCUUUCUCCAGGAGAUAUAAAGCGUGACAAGGUAUUCAGAAAGGAUAUAAUAUUUGUUAUCGACAUCAGCGGAAGCAUGCAGGGAAAACUAAUUGAAGACACAAAGAGUGCCUUAUCUGCAGCACUCUCUAAGCUUAAUCCCGAUGAUUCAUUUAAUAUUAUCGCCUUCAAUGCAGAGAGUCGUCUAUUUUCGAAAACAAUGGAAUUGGCUUCCAAGGAUACUGUUGAAAGGGCCAUUGAGUGGAUUAAUGUGAAUUUUGUGGCUGGGGGUGGUACAAAUAUUUCACAUCCCUUAAACACGGCAAUAGAGAUGCUAUCCAGUGCUCAAAGUUCAGUUCCAAUAGUUUUCCUAGUUACAGAUGGAACUGCUGAAGAUGAGAGACAAAUUUGUUCUAUGGUAAAAAAUCAUAUGGCAGAUGGAGAGUCAAUAUGCCCCCGAAUUUACACUUUUGGAAUAGGUUCAUUUUGCAACCAUUAUUUCUUGAGGAUGCUAGCUGUGAUUAGUAGGGGACACUAUGAUGCAGCUUUUGAUGUAGAUUUGGUUGAGCCUCAAAUGCUGGCAUUGUUUGACAAAGCUUCAUCCCUUGUUCUAGCAAAUAUAACAAUAGACAUAUUUGAUGAUCUUGAUGAGUUUGAGGUACACCCCUCUCAUAUUCCAGAUCUUUCAUCAGGGGGUCCAUUGACUAUAUCUGGAAGGUACAAGGGAAGUUUCCCCGAAACUGUUAAAGUCAAAGGUAUCUUGGCUGAUCUCAGUAAUUUUGCUGUAGAUAUGAAGAUAGAAACAGCUAAGGACAUGCCUUUACAGAGGGUUUCUGCAAGAGAUCAGAUAGAGAUUCUAACUGCUCAAGCAUGGCUUUCAGAAAAUAAACAAAUAGAACAGAAGGUCGCAAAACUGAGCCUGCAGGCUGGAUUUAUGUCCGAGUACACACGUAUGGUAAUACUUGAGAAUGAUCAUCUAAAGAAAGUCAAGGAAUCUGGGAAGAAAGAAGCAUCGAAAAAGAGCCAGCCCCAGUAUGAGGAAAACGUCCAAGGGCAGAGGAUGAUUUUACUCCCACAUUUAGGUGUUGGCUUUGGCAACUUGAAAGCAACUGCUGAAAAUACUCCUCCAGGAGAUGUAUCCAAGGUACCUGAAGUGGCUGAAAUAUUUAAGGCGGCCUCAAAUUGCUGUAGCAGGAUGUGCAGUUACUGCUGUUGCAUGUGCUGCAUCGAUUGCUGUUCGCGGAUGAACAACCAGUUUGCAACUGCAUUGACUCAGCUUUGCAUUGGUCUAGGAUGCUUCGGCUGCCUCACAUGUUGUUCAGAGAUAUGCUGUUCCGGAAACGAUGGCUGAUGAAAUCCCAAUUUUGUUGUAUGAUGGUUCUUGUAUUUUAUUGCACAGAAAAUUUCUCUUUGUAUAGUAUAGUUUUAGUUGUUCUGGCAAUGUAUAUCCGUAUAUUACACAUGCAAUAGAAAGUUAAUUGUACACUCGUAGCAAAAAUAGAAUAUGAAUAUACAAGAGAGUCAUUUUCCAGUCAAA